AUGCUGUCCACACUCUUUCAGCCGUGUGAGAUCAAGCUCAAUUUCAUCCAGAGCGUUGUCUUUUUGCGCCCGCCACAGAGUGCGAGCGUCGAUCACAAGAACCGUGUAAAUGAGCUUCCCCCUUUGUCGAACGACGAGCUGGUUCGCGGCAUCAUCCAUCUCUACGUUCCUUCCGCCCGGCACAUUGACGGGAUCCGCGUCCAGCUGCGCGUUACGCAGUCGCUUGCCGUUCUCGAUGCGUCCUUCAACUAUGUUCCCACGACCUGGGAGAACUCGACGCUGAUGGAGCGCACGCUCGAGAUUGGCGUGCCGAUGCGCCUAUCAAAACUGAACCCUUAUCGCGAAGCAUCACAGAGUGUGAGCCGCGCGCGGUCCCCGUCGAACGCGCCGUAUGGCGGCGGCGGGCGGCACAACGACCAUGGGCGGCACUCGGACGCGGCCGGCGUCCUGAAAAACAUGGUGCGUGGCGUGUCGCGGGGCCGUACGCCCCUCGCAAGCAACCACCACUCGCCGAGCCAGUCGGGCGCCGCAACGCCGCGUAACUUGUCGCUCUCGCGCAGCAGAACGAACCGCGACCUGUCGCACAACCGCUCGCCGACACGCAACGACGUGGACAUGCCGGCGGUCGGCUCGGGGAGCGGCUCCGACUUUGUGCAUACGCCACAGCGCACCAACGCGAACGGCGAACCGAUCACCGAAGAAGACUUUAACCGGAUUAGCCUCGCGCUCGAGGAGCAUGGCUCGCGUGGCCGCAGCGGGCGCGACGACGACUACGAGCGCUCCCGCCGCCAGUCGGUGCACCGCGCCGACCACCGCUCGCCGAGCCACCCCCGCUCACACUCGCCGGAAGACGAGUCGCGCGGCCGCUCCAAGGCCAAGGUGGCCGAGGUCAUUGUGCAGGACCAAAACGACCACGGCAUCGAGCUCAGCAAAGGCGUGCACGCCUUUGAGUUUGCGUUUAUUAUUCCCGCCGACUCGCCGCCGUACGACCGCAGUCCGUUUGGCAAGAUCAAGUACGCGGUCAAGGUGACGGCGCUCAGCGCUGGCCGUGCCAAGAGCAACGUCGAGGAGUGGAAGGACUUUUUCCCGAUGGUGAACCCCGCGCCGGACGGCGGCAUGACGCCGAUGACAGUGCUCUUUAACGAUAUCCACGCGACGGUUGGCAUGCUCUCGGUCGCCUGCACGUCGAACAACAUCUCGGUCGGCGGCCUGUUCAACAUCGAUAUCCACAGUCCUUCGCCGCCGGUCGAUUUGAUCGUGUACAUGGUGCGCGUGUCGCUGCACACGACGAUCGAGCUGCAUACGAAGCGCAAGGGCAAGCAGUACGUCCCGGUGCAGAAGCGCAAGCUCUUCGAGCAGGGGCACGUCGCGCCGCAGGACCAGGCGAUGGGCGAAAAUGCAGACAAGCUGCCGGGCUACGUGCGCUACGCCGGUACGGACCAUGCGUGGACCGUGCAAGGCCUCGCGCGCAUCCCCGACGACAAUGCCAUCCGCCCGAGCACCAUGCCAGGCACACGCUCCGCGCUGCGCUUCCACCACGUCCUGGUCGUCGAGGUGGUGCACUCGCGCGACAACCCCGCGAUCAAGGACUGCCUCACGCCCGAAGGACGGCGCAAGCUCAAAGUGUUUACGCUGCGCCAGAACGUCGUGAUUCCCUCGUGCUGCUGUGCGCUAGACGCGGUGACGCUCCCGGCGUACAGCGCCAAGGAGCCGCACGACCCCAGCGUGCCGCAGCUGAAGCAGGGCCUCUCGGGCUGGGACCAGAUCGUGCGCGCGAAUCAGGACCGCGGCGAGUCGCACAACAUGUGCGUGUGCGGCAUGAGCCUCGCGGACCUGUCGGCGGCCGAGCAGGCGAUGCUGCCGCCUCCCGACCCCACCGACCUCUUGCUCGAUCGUGUGCGGCACCAAGGCAAGGUCGGCGAGCUUCCCAGCCCCGAUUUCACGCCAGAGGACGGGACAGGUGCGGCGCCCGCCCCGCCCGUGCACGCCGAAGGCUCGCGCGCCUCGUGGGCGCCGCCGCCGCACAUGGCGAGCCCCCGCUUCGACUUCCGGAGCCAGUCGCCGGGCAUCUCGUCGCCCCGCCAGGGGGGCACGGGGCACACGAGUGCCACCUCGAGCCCGCUGACACUCACGCCGUCCUACCAAGACAUGCCGCCUGCCUACUCACUCAACGAGUAA